UAUUGUAGGGGAUUUUCUUGUUUAAAUUUGAAUGAGAUGGUUGGGUCAGUUUCAUAUGAUCUUGUUCAGCUUUUGUUUAGGCUUUAGCGUUUUCAACUAAUAACAUCUUUGGAACGUGAUUUAUCUUGAAACCUAACCAGUGUCUUUCGUCAAUUUGUUUUGAAUUUUUGUGAUGAUGACCUGGACAUUAAUGGAUAUUCUUUUUAAUAGAAAGCAUAGGUUUUUAGGGUUGACCUUUUGACUGCAUCUGGUUGAAAGGUGGUAGGUGUUUGCAGUUUCAUAGCUAAAUCCCAUGUUAUUAUUACUUAUAUGGAUUUUUCCUUUUGUUGAUCUAGAAAAAUAUUUACCCAUCAAGUUUUUGGUGGAAAGUAUUAGCUUUUAUUUAGGAAAUAAGGUUGGGAGAAAGCAGAGCUUAAAGGGUCUUUCGGUUUUUGUUUGCCGAUCCAGUAGCUAGGGGUGUAUUUCACUAAAGGUUUUGUCUUGGAAUUACGAUAAGGAAGAUGAGUGGAGCUGGAGAAAAAGGGUCAACAACUACAAAAACACCUGCUGAUUUCCUCAAAUCAAUCCGUGGGCGACCCGUUGUCGUCAAGCUGAAUUCUGGUGUUGAUUAUAGAGGUAUUCUAGCUUGCCUAGAUGGAUAUAUGAACAUAGCUAUGGAACAAACAGAAGAAUAUGUCAAUGGACAGUUAAAAAAUAAAUAUGGCGAUGCUUUUAUUCGCGGAAAUAACGUACUUUAUAUCAGCACAUCAAAGAGGACAUUGGCAGAUGGGGCUUAAGUUGUGUUGGCAACUGCAACAAAGAAUCAUUCUUAUGAUAAAAUUGUUUGUAGAAUCUUUAAGUAUUUUAGAUAUUAUAACUGAGAGCAUUUUAGAUCAUCUUUAAUCAAACUCAUUGAAACUUCUGUUUCAAGCUUUGGAAGUAACAGAUACUUUCGUUCUAAGCUAUGGAUUCGGAUAUGAUGUGAAUGUCAAAUAUGAAUAUAUAUGUCCAACAUGAGUAUGAUUAAUCUUUUUAA